GCUCUUUCACAACUAGUAUAUACUGAGAAUCUCAACCACCAAAAGGAUAUUUCAUCAUUACAUACAGUUCUGUAACAGAGACAAAAAGCCUUACAGAACAUCGCCUGUUUCCAGAGAACAGACAGAGAAUGGCUCCACUCAAAUUAAUCGUCAUUUUUAUGCUUCAGUUCGAAGCGGGCGUCAGUGGAGAACCCACUAUCUACAAAGUACCUGGACAUGAUGUCACUCUGCCCUGUGCCAGUGCAUCAUCGUCUGACACAACAUGCUCCAUCUUUUCAUGGCUUUACAACAGAGAUCGAUCUCAGACUUUCAGUGAGGUUGUGAAUGGAAAUGUUGAGAAGAGCUCAGCCCGAGCUGCCAGGCUGAGUCUGGACACUAGCUGCUCUCUGGUCCUUAACGACAUCACUGCUGAGGAUGCUGGUCGCUACACCUGUCGGCAGGACACUGAUCAGGAUGUACAUAUACAUCUCAGUGUUCUGACAAUCUCUCCAUCUCCACCAGACGCUGAUCCAAAGAGGGACGGUGAAGUCACAUUAGAGUGCUCUCUGUUGAGAUACAGCGGUUCUUGUCAGCAGAACAGCAUCCGCUGGGUGAAUGAGACAGGAACUGUGCUGCUUGGUGAAGGUGUUGGGUACAAGUUCCUCGGACAGAUGAACUGUGUUUCUGUUCUGACUGUGAAGCAUCAGAGUGGCCACAACAGGAGAUACUCCUGCCAGUUUGUUAAUAUGGAGAACAAUGUAGAGAUAGAGGCUGACUACACACCUGUCUUCACAGAUUCCAGAGAUUGGUCUCCUCUGAACAACUUCAUGUUGGCUCUGCGAAUUGCAGGACUGAUCCUAAUGAUUGUAAUCACUGUUCUUGUCAUCAGAGCGAGAGGGAGCACAAAACCACUUGAUAAUGAGAACAAUGUAAAUAAUGAUGCAGACAAAGUCCAGUAUGAAAAUGUAGAAGCGCAUCCUGCUUCUACUAGACUGCACUGAUCAACAACUUCCGCACCAACUUCUUCUCACCAGAAAGUCAAGAUAUCAUCAUAGUAAUUUUAGCUUUGAGUUAAAAGGAUUGUUUUGUUUAGGACACAUUGCUUUUUAUUUUUAUGCCUUAAAUGAUGUAAACAAUUUCUAUCAAACUGUUUUCAUUGUUUCACUGUUGGACGGAAACACAACCGGAAUGGGAUGCCGGUCUGCUGGAUGUGUAAAUACGGUAGGAAACUAUUUGCUGUGCUGUAUAAGGUGUUAACAUGUCAGAGGUGUUUUUCAGCUUGGAAGAAUGUUUUUCUGCCUCAAAGAAGCCAAAUAAAUUGAUUAAUUAAA